UUUGUCAUGUGACACUCUGCAUGUGACACAGUGAGAUAUCCAAACCCAGGUAUUCGCAUCCAUUUCAGGUGAUCCAUUCACAAGUACACGCCCCAGGUGAAUUAAAAUAACAAAAGGUGUUGUAGCCCAAUAGGUUACCUGCCGCCAUGGUUGUGUUCUCCAUGCUCUCCGCCCACUGCGGAUAUAUAGCAGCUGUACAGGACCCACAAGGCUUGAGUUUCUUCUGGGAUUUCACAAGUGACUUUUCCAACGUGUGUUUCUCUGCGGACGAUGACGAUCCUGAAUUUCUCUAUUGAAUAUGACGCCGUCAACAGCCACAACACCUUCACCAAUGGAGAUACCAUUAAUGGAAGAAUCAUCGUGGAGGUUUCUAAAGAAACUAAAGUCCAGUCUCUUGUUUUAAUGGCACAAGGAAAAGCUCGGGUUGUCUGGUAUCAGCAUUACGGGCGAAAUCAUCACCGCGUGUUCUGGGCUAAAGAGAAAUAUUAUAAUAUUGAGCAUCAUAUCCUGAGAGAAGCAAGACAAGAUGGUACGGAAGUCAUUGGCAAAGGAAGACACGUAUUUCCUUUUUCAUUUAACCUUCCUGACAGAAGAAUCCCAUCAUCUUUCAAAGCCCUCACUGGCAAAAUCGUUCACAAGUUGAGGGCUGAGCUUAAACAAUCGAUGAAGCUGACAAAGAAGGCCAAAUCCGAAUUCACCUUCCGCUCCAAGGCAGACAUGGAUGUUCCCGGACUUCUGGAACCCCAGUAUGGCUCCAAGGACAAGUCUCUCAAGCUUUUUGGUUCUGGAAAUGUUUCUAUGGACAUUCACACUAAGCGAAUGGGCUACAAGCAAGGUGAGAAUGUCAAAUUCACGGUGGAAAUCGUGAACCACUCCAGUCGCUCGGUGAAGCCCAAAUUCUCACUGUACGAGAAAAAGAGUUUCUUCGCCCAGGGACGCAGGAGAGUUCACACUAAGGAGAUCCUUAAGGACCAAAUUGAGGCUCUUGCAUCUUCGAGCAAAGACACUGUGACCAAGGUGAUAUCCAUCCCCAGAGAACUACCCCCCUCCAUCCUGAACUGCUCCAUCAUCAAGCUGGAGUACAGACUGAAGGUCUAUCUGGAUAUGAAAUGUACCAAAGACCCAGAGGUCAACCUCCACAUCGUCGUCCUUCCUGAGGCUGCUCCAGCAACAGCAACAGCAAAACAGCCUGCUCCUGGUGCUUAUGGAUUUGAAGGCUUCAGGAACCCGACCCCACCGACCUGGAGCACCACACCCCAGCAAGCAGCACCCCGACCCUUCGACCCCCCACCUCCCUAUGGAGCAUAUGCAAUGCCCCCCACUGUUACUUAUUCUGACAAAAAUAGCUCUUUGUUGUAG